AAAUUCGUUUUUCUUUCGCAUUCACGGCCAAGUCAAACAAUUUUUUUUAUCUUGUCUUUGUAUAUUCCGCAUUUAGUUUGGAACAGUCGAUCAUCAUUCAAAUGUAAAUGCCUUUAGUUCAAUACGUAUGAAUAACGGUCAUUGGGAUGGUUAUCAAUGGUGCGUAAGUGAUGGUAUUUAUUCGUUUCGUCGAUAACAUGUAAAUCAUGUUGAUGAUAAUAUUAACAGAAACCAAUACAAGCAAAUACAUUCCAAUGGUACGAUUGUACACUUAGAUAAAUAUGUGAAUAGAGAUGGAAUUUUCGUGAAAUCGUGUGUGCUAUAUUGUUUUGUUUUCAAAGUUUCGGGGCAUCGAAAACGACGAUACAGACGUGUACAUUCGCAUAAACGUGUACACAAAACUGAAAGUUAUAAAUCUUAUCGUAUUGAAGAAGAGAGUUCGGACGGAGUUCGGACGGUCGGUGGGUCGUUUGACUUGUUAUCAAUUUGUGACCGUGAUUUUGAUUGGAUUUUUAUCUAUCUGUAUUCAUAAUUACAUUGAAUGUAAACGUUGAAUGGUUUUGUAAACAAUAGAUAAUAGAUUGUUUAAAACGAAAGCCGUGUAUAUAAUUGAAAACAAUAAAAAAUAAAAACAGCAAUCGAUUGAUCUGUUUGCAUUCAAAAUGUUGGGAAGUAAUUUUAUUCGAAAUUCACUGCAAUAUUUGGCAUCAAAACCAUUGAAUCAACGAUGGGCUUCAACGAUUGCCGCUGCAAAUCAAAUACAAGCAAAAAAUCUACAAGAAACAGCAUUGGCCGAAAAUUGUAUUCUAGUCGAUGAAUUUGAUCGGGCAAUUGGACAAUCAUCGAAACGAGAUUGCCAUCGUGUCGAUGAAAACGGCCGUAUUAAAUUACAUCGUGCAUUCAGUGUAUUUUUAUUCAAUUCUAACGGCGAUAUGCUCAUCCAAAAACGAUCAUCACAUAAGAUUACCUUCCCAGAUUGUUACACAAACGCUUGUUGUAGUCAUCCGUUGUAUGAUAUUGAGUGUGAACGAGACGAAGUUAAUGCGCUGGGCAUUAGAAAAGCUGCACAACGACGAUUGAACUAUGAGCUUGGCAUUCCACUGAACCAGGCAAGACCAGAGAACUUUCAUUACUUAACAAGGAUUCAUUAUGAAGAUGUUGGAGAUGGCAUUUGGGGCGAACAUGAAAUUGAUUACAUUCUAUUUUUGCAAAAGAACGUUGACCUAACACCGAAUCCAAACGAAGUCAGUGAAGUUUUCUAUAUUCCACGGAACGAGCUGGAAAGUGAAAUUCAACGAAUAACCUCAAAUGCACCAUUAACUCCAUGGUUCCGUUUAAUAUUAACCAACAAAUUGUUAACCAAUUGGUGGGAUAAUUUAAGUCAUUUGAAACAACUUCAAAACCAUCAAACCAUCCAGAGAUUAUAGAUGUAUCGUCGCUUAAUACCUCGGUCGAAACAUACCAAAAAUUAAAUCACCACUUCAUUUUUAUUACAAAAUGAAAUAUUGUUAAAACAUGUAAAUUGUUAAAAAAAAGAAACUUUCUUUAUUCAUCAUCAGGUAGAAGAGAUCAAAACUAAUUAAUAUACAAAUGAUGUUUUAAAUGAUCGACAAAUGAAAGUGAAAUGUUGUUUUUACUGAAGAUGUCUAGUCUGAUUUAGAUGUCAAUUUACCUUUUUUGUUGUUUAUUUUGUUAAAUUAAUACUCUAUAUGACAAUAUGGAAAAUAAAACUUCAAUGACACCAUUGUAAAGUAAAUUGUCUUCCAAAUAAACGAUACUUAUUCAAUGAGAA